AUGUGCGGUAUCUUCGCGUGUCACCGUCACCCUGACGUUCAGGGCUUCAAGCCCACGGCCCUGCGCAUGGCCAAGGCUGUGCGCCAUCGCGGUCCCGAUUGGAGUGGAAGCUUCAUUGCUGAGAAGACUGUUCUCUGCCACGAGCGCCUGUGCAUCGUCGGUGUCGACUCCGGUGCGCAACCCCUCGUCAACGACAACGGCUCCCUCGCUCUGGCUGUCAAUGGCGAGAUUUACAACCACCGCAUCCUGAGAAAGACCUUGGAUGUUGAGUACAACUAUAAAACACACUCGGACUGUGAAGUCAUCAUCCCGCUGUACAUGAAAUAUGGUCUUGACGCCCCCAAGCACCUGGACGGCAUGUUCGCAUGGGUCUUGUUCGACAAGGAGCAAGACAGGGUUGUUGCGGCACGUGACCCCAUUGGUGUCUGCAGUUUCUAUAUCGGCUGGUCCUCUCAGACUCCCGGGGCUGUGUACUUCGCUUCUGAGCUGAAGAGCUUGCACCCCGUUUGCGACAAGGUCCAGUCUUUCCCGCCUGGCCAUGUUUUCGACUCCAACACCGGUGAAUUUACCCGGUAUUUCCAGCCCAAAUGGUGGGACCCGACCAACGUCCCCUCCACCCCGAUUGACUACAAGGCUAUCCGUGAGUCGCUCACGAAAUCUGUGCGCAAGCGUCUGAUGGCGGAGGUGCCUUAUGGUGUUUUGCUGUCUGGCGGUCUCGAUUCCAGCUUGGUCGCUUCCAUUGCCCAGCGCGAGACCACCCGCAUGCAGAAGGCUCACCCUGAAGGAGUCAAAAGCGAGGCCAACGGUGAACUGGUCGGUAUCGAUGACGAAAACGAGCUUUCCACGGUCAACUCCUUCCAGCAGCUGCAAUCCUUCUCCAUCGGCCUCCCCGGUGCUCCUGACACCGAGGCUGCCAUGGAAGUGGCCAAGUUCCUGGGAACCAAGCACCAUGCCCUCACUUUCACCAUUGAAGAUGGUCUCAACGCGCUCUCCGACGUCAUUUACCACCUCGAGACCUAUGAUGUGACUACCAUCCGUGCUUCCACCCCAAUGUACCUGCUCAGCCGCAAGAUCAAGGGUCUGGGAGUCAAGAUGGUCCUGAGUGGUGAGGGAAGUGACGAGAUAUUCGGUGGCUACCUUUACUUCCACGCCGCUCCCAACAAGGAGGAGUUCCACAAGGAGACUGUUAGGCGUGUGAAGAACCUGCACCUCGCAGACUGCCUUAGAGCCAACAAGUCAACGUCCGCGUGGGGCUUGGAAGCCCGUGUUCCCUUCCUGGACAAGGCCUUCCUCGAGACAUGCAUGGCGGUUGACCCCAAGGAGAAGAUGAUCACCAAGGACCGCAUUGAGAAGUACAUCCUGCGCAAGGCCUUCGACACCACCGACGAGCCCGAUGUCGAGCCUUACCUUCCUGAGAAGAUUCUCUGGCGCCAGAAGGAACAAUUCAGCGACGGUGUCGGCUACAGCUGGAUUGAUGGUCUGAAGGACCAUGCUGAGCUUCACGUCACUGAUGAGAUGAUGAAAAACCCCAAGCCCGAGUGGGGUAGUGAUAUCCCUGACACCAAGGAGGCCUACUGGUACCGCACAAUGUUCGACGAGCACUUCCCCUCGUAUUGCGCGUCCACAGUCGAGCGCUGGGUCCCCACAUGGUCGAAGCAAUCUGACCCCAGUGGAAGAGCCAUCGCCACUCACAACCAGAAGUACGACAACGCCGAAUAG